AUGGACGCUUGUGCACGUGUUCGAGGAGCCCCAAUAAGGUCAAGGGCUUUUGUCAGAAAAGAGACUGUUCGUGACACCGGAGCACAGUUUGUUAAGAGUAUUUUACGUAGCAGAAAGGAUCUAUGCAGUAUCAACCUGGAACUCCCAUCCAAAAGUACAAAAGUGACAGAGGUUCAUUUUGUCUGCCUGCCUGGUCAGAAUGAAAGCGACGAUGCUGUGGAUCAGGCCUUGGCCUCCCUUCCGGCUGGAAUGUGUGAGAUGCUCAGGACCUUCCAUGUUCAUGGUCUGAGAAAUGAUGAAGUUCAGUUGUUCAAAGACUCCCGAAGACUUAAAGAUCCCAAUGACAGUGGGCCUCAAUGUUGGCUAAAGGCUGUAUGUGUCUUUCGACACAACCCUUGUGUCAGCGGGCAACAUCCAGCUACCUUCACAUCGUUGACCGGUCUAAUUGGGUGUUACGUCACCGGUGUCCGCUAUGCGCUGGAGCUGCAACGUCUCCACAGGGGUGAGGCGAGACCUUCAGAGGACGAUGACACCAACCAGUCUGUUUCCUCUAUCGAAGACGAUUUUGUCACUGCGCUUGAGAAUCUCGAGGAGGACGAAACGGGAGAGAAUUCCUCCUAUCUCACUUCUAAAAAACGUGAUGUGGCGUCACAGACAGUACCUGCCCAUAAGAGACGAAAGGAACUCUCAGGCUCUCACAUUAUAAUAAGCUCGUCUUCAAAGAAGUAUGUGUCGAAACACAAGCCGGGGCCAGAGGUUUCUGUCACUGUGCAGAGGUCCUCCGGCACGGAAACUCAGUGGACCUACUGCAGUCAACGAGCACCUCUAUCCUCCCCGCCAGUUCAUAUCAGUGAAUCAGAAGAAUCUGAUGGCUCCAGCCCCAGCCCUAUCAUUUUCCUUGACGAGGUGGGCUACCAGAAAAGCAUGUUGGCCAAGCUGGACAUUCCUCAGGUGCCGGGAGGUCCUAGAGAGAGGGUAGAAGACUCAGACUCUGAAGUGAGUGAAUUUUUUGACAGCUUUGACCAGUUUGAUGACCUCGAAGAUUUCACUUCAGAAAGGGGCCCUCUCAUGCUGCCUAUGGAAAAUGAAAGUGCUUCGACCACACAGACGGUAGAAUCUAACACUGUUGUUAUGGCGUCCAAAGACAGUUCAACAAAAGGCAUGUUUCCUCACUGCUUUGAUCAACCAAUCCUCCCAGCCAAUGUGAAAAAACCCACUCCCCUUAAGCCAAGCUCCCCCUAUGGACCGCACUCUGAGGUGCCUGACUCCCCACAACCUGUACAGAGUCCCACAGAGGACAAUGCUGGUCCACUCUUCAGUCCAGUGAGCUCCUCUGCCUUUAGCCCUCUGAUAGAUUCAAGUGGUGUGCUGGAAUAUUUUUGGAAGAAAAGUGAGGAUGGAAGAUGCACCACUGAGUUACGUAAACCUCAAGAUCUUUGUUCUUUGUAUAAAACCUACUCAGACUUUGCUAGCAAUCUCUCAAAAGAAAUUCUUGGAUCUGUCUGCGGGUACCAAUCUGCUACAGACAUUAAUGACAACAAAAAUCUCAGUUGUGUUUGCCACAAGGAAUUCACCAACCCCUUAGGCUACACGAUGAAGCUCUCAGAUAUCCAGGAUACAGUAACUGUUGCUAAGCUACAAAAGACAUCACAGUGUUUGAAGGAUGGAAUCCAGAGGUUUGCAACUGACCUUGUAGAAAUGAGUCUGGGUAGUGCUUUGCGAGACCUCCAAAAAGGUGUGUCUACUUGCACCACCACUUUGUGUCACUUAGCUGCUAGACUCACAUCCUCAGUAUUUCAGAUGGCCUUUCAUGAAAUUGGUAUGCGGCAGGCCUAUGUGUUGAAGGACCGUGCGAUGAAUGGGUUAGCAAACUUCUUGGUUGGAGAGGCGAUAUCUGGUGCACUGAAAGAGUUCUUGAACGUGAAAAAGCAGAUUUUCCAUUGCACAGUAAGCCAGUUCGCGGCAGAUUUAGCAGAAGAGCUGAUUUUUGAAGGUAUAAUGGAGGUGUGUCAGUUCUCCCACCCGUCGACACCAUUAACCCCCAGUGAUUGGACUUUUGGCCGUGUGAAUGAAGAGGAGGAGGAAGAGGAGGUGGUUACUUCUUAUGCUUCAGACUUAUCUGAGUCAGUUAUCCAGGAGGCAUUCAUUGAGCUCUCUCAGGCUGACAUUGCCUUCACUAGCCAAGCAGCCAUCAGUGUUUCUCCUGUUAAUGCAGGGAAUAUGAGUGCUCACACACGCAGUUCAUUGGCAAACCAGCAGCUUUCCAAUGAAAACUCAGCAGAUACUUCAGCAACCUCAGGAGAGAGUGCCCCCUGCACGGUGAAAGAUGCUAUUUUCACUGUGUCAGGCAUGGCAAGCUGUAUUCCUGUGCCCCAAGUGGGCCAAGCCAUCUCUUGUCUAAAGGACCCUGAAGACCAGCGCGGUUCCAGUUCAUCAGAUACCUUACAGGCCAGCCCUAAAAAAAUAUUUUCUUCAGAUACAUGUACGGAAACUCACAUUUACAGUAAUGUAACUGAAACACCCACCUGUGAAAAAGGCUCCCUGUAUGGAAAAUCACCAUUCCAAAACUUCUCUGGCAACAUGGUGGAAAUGAUAGUGACUGAAGCUUGUGAGGUUGUAAGUGCUUCUAAAAAAAAGACAAGUUUAGAUGAUGAUUCUGACAUUCUUGCAAAUACAGUUGUGAGCCAGAGGGCGACUCUGCAUGUACCAAAUGCAGAGUUGGGUGGACAAAAGAUGUCUCACUCUGAGGGUAAUGCUACUCCAAACUCUGGUCAAAAAUCGGGUCGCACACCAGGCACUCCUCCGUCCACCCCCCAGCAGCCAAGUGAAAUAUCCAAGGAGAAACAAAUAAAACAGUUCUCCAAAAAGUUAAAAAGCAAGUUGGCCAAAGAAUUUUCCCCUGCUACCCCCCCUCCAACUCCACACUAUCACCCUGAACCUGGCCUGGGUCCAACAGAAAAGAGUCCAGAGGCAGAUAAGACAGAGUUUAUGUUAAAACUGAUGAGAUCUCUUUCUGAAGAGGCAGAUGGUAAUGAGGAUGAAGAGGAAGAUGAUAUACAAGAAGAUCCCAUCAUAAGUGCCACUGACAAAUCAGUCGAGUCAGAAAGUCGUCCGCAGGAACUGAGGCAGUUGGCAUCUCACAAGCUUUCCAACAAGGAAGCUCUCCAUUAUGCUGAGCAGUUGGCUUGUCAUAUAGUCUCAAUGGCAACCGAAAUAGACACUCUGAGAGUUGAUGAUGAGGUUGGGGAAUUUGCUGGUCCAGGUGAGAGAAGGCGUGACAGUGUAGCUCAAUUUUCACAACAGACUUUAAACUCCUUAUGGGUGUAUGCGGGUGAGGUGGCCGGGGAAGUGAUCAGUCAUGUGAAAAGGAUGGUGACCUCUGUCCAAGGUUCUCCAAGAGGUAGUGUAGAUCUUCUCAGCGCAGAGUGUUUGCAUCACCACCACCAUCACACUCUUGCAAGCACAGAUCAGAACCGGGACUGGAGGGUGGAGAGGGUGGCUGAACAAUGGUCAAACAAUCUCCUGGCUUCGGUUUUACGCUCACCUGGUUCCACGUCUAGUCGUUCAAGCUCUGGAUUGUCCUCUGCGUUUCCUAGCUGUGAGAGUGUGACCGAUGAAUACGCCGGCUACCUAAUUAGGGUGCUAAGAAAAGAGGGAGGCAGUCGGGAGUUGGUCCUUGAUCAAUAUGCCAGUCGUCUGGCCUACCGGUCCAUAAAACAAGGUUUGGCUCAUGCUAGUCGCAAGAUAAAACAAAGAUCUGCUGGUACCCGCCUUCGUCCUUCCAAGUCGUUACCGGAUGAAUGGAAGACAUCGAGUAGUGAGUCCACAGCAAGCAAGGACUUGAUGCAGUCAGUGGGUGGUCCCUCAUGUGAGGAUCCACAGUAUUGUUGCAGAAAGAAGCAGAGUUCGGGAGACAGUGUUGAACUAGUGAACUUUGCAGAAUCUUUAGCCCACAAUAUCACUUGUGAUGUCACACGAACACUUCGUCUAUCUUCUGUACGCCUCUCAAAGUCUCUGACUGACUCUUGUCUUUAUAAAAAAUCCAAACUUGAAAAUAUGACUGAGAACCUCAUUAGGAACUCAUUCUCCUGUCCUUUACUGUCCAAGGAUUCUAAGGUGAGUCAUUACCACAGCACAGAAAGCUUGCUUGAUGGAGGGUACAACAGAAGGAUGAUGCAGGUCAUUGAGCACUAUGCAAGGAAAAUAGUUGAUGACACGCUAAAGCUGAGCCUAGCUUCAGUAGGGCAUUCUUCCCAGCAUCAUCUAAGGACAACCGGCUUGGACAAAAGCUUACACGCCCAAAGGCUUUCUGAAGUGACUAGAUCUGGAUCAGUCCAGGGACAGAUGACCUGCCAGUUCUGUCAGAAUUUUGAAUGCCCCUACUGCACCAAAUUUAAUCAGCGUCACUACCAGACAAUAUUGCAGAGGAGGAGAAGGGGACCACCAUUUCCAGCAAAGCCAGAAACCCUCAAUGGGCUAGAGAUUCCUAAAAUCCACAUUGACCUAGAACACAAGUCGGCAUUUGCAGAGCAGAUGGUGACUUUGGCCAUGGAGAACGCAAAACGUGAGCUGAGCAACACAAGCCUUAACGCAGACAGUGGCAUCGGCCAUGAUGGAACGAGCUACGCAGAGAGCUUCACUGCUGAGAUCAUGACCUCUGCACUCAAUGUCUGCCAAGCAGCCAGCAUCAGCUCUCCAGGCAGAGAAGCCACUGAGUCCACGGUGUCCCAGCAGUUGAGUGUUGGGGAUGACAGUCUGGGCAGUUGGUCAAACCUUAGCUUCGAGGAUGAUAACAGCAGCUUCCUUCACCUCAGUGACAGCAGCAAUGGAAAUAGCAGCAGCUGGAGCAGUCUUGGCCUGGAGGGGGAGCCCUUUGAGGAACACAUGUCAUCCUCACCCUCAGACAGUGACCAUACAGACGACAAAGAGACAGAUGUCAAAGAGGAAUCUAAUGGAACAUUGUGUGUGGACACAACACAGAUACAAGCACCCAGGAGUUUGUUGAUUAUCCUGAACUCAGACAUUCGUGAACUCCGGAAGGGCCAUCAACACAUGACCCUUGACCCCCAGCUGAGGAGCUUGCUACAGUGGGCGGCAGCCUCUAUUGCAGGCAUCCCACUGAUUCAACUGAGUCCUGACAAGGAGCUCCAGCAGCUGCCAUCCGUGGUUCAAAGGCUGCGUGAGAGGAAAUGGAGAGUUGGAGACCUACUGCACCUACUUUUGCGCUACUGUGAAGAGCCGCACUCUCAGCCAAAGGAGGAGACGCCUCAGUCGGUCAGAGACUCUCAUCGCAUUCCCCUAUUCAAGUGGCUCCUUGAGCACACCUAA